AGAGAGAGAGAGAGAGAGAGAGGAAAUGGAGGCGAAGGAGCAAGAUGUGAGUUUGGGAGCAAACAAGUUUUCAGAAAGGCAGCCUAUAGGCACUGCUGCGCAGAGUCAGGAUAGAGACUACAAGGAGCCUCCUCCGGCUCCUCUGUUUGAGCCCAGGGAGCUCAAGUCCUGGUCUUUCUAUAGGGCAGGAAUUGCAGAAUUUGUGGCGACCUUCCUCUUCCUCUACAUCACCAUUCUCACUGUGAUGGGGGUUUCCACUUCAAACAGCAAGUGUUCAACCGUUGGGAUUCAGGGGAUUGCUUGGGCUUUUGGUGGCAUGAUCUUUGCCCUUGUGUACUGCACUGCUGGGAUCUCCGGUGGGCACAUCAACCCAGCAGUUACAUUCGGUCUCUUCCUGGCCAGGAAACUCUCCCUGACUAGAGCUCUCUUCUACAUUGUGAUGCAAUGCCUUGGUGCCAUUUGCGGUGCUGGUGUUGUCAAGGGCUUUAAGAAGGGUCUCUACAUGGCUAAGGGAGGUGGAGCCAAUGUGGUGAACCUGGGCUACACAAAGGGAGAUGGCCUCGGCGCUGAGAUUAUUGGAACUUUUGUUCUAGUCUAUACUGUCUUCUCCGCCACUGAUGCAAAGAGGAAUGCCAGAGAUUCUCAUGUUCCUAUACUUGCUCCCUUGCCUAUUGGCUUUGCUGUUUUCCUUGUUCACUUGGCCACCAUCCCUAUCACUGGCACAGGCAUCAACCCAGCUAGGAGCCUUGGUGCUGCCAUAAUCUAUAACAGAGAUCAUGCUUGGGAUGACCAUUGGAUUUUCUGGGUAGGUCCCUUCAUUGGAGCUGCUCUGGCUGCCAUCUACCACCAGAUAGUUAUCAGGGCCAUCCCAUUCAAGAGCCGGACUUGAUCAAAUAUUGACAGUUUGGCGUGUGAUGAUCAUAAUUGUUCUUGUGACUGUACCUUUUUGUUCUACUAAAUGAACUGCUGUGUAAUACUACUAUUUACUAUUCAUCCUUGUUCUCGUUUACUGCUGCUAUGUAACAGCUUUUAGCUUCCUUUGAUCAUUGCUUUCCUUCUUAGCUAAA